AUGCGCCCUUUCACUCGCUUAGCCUUCUUGGGCCUUGGGGCUUCCUUUAUCAACGGUCUCCCUCAGAAGCCUGAGGCGGAAACCGUUACAACCACAGUUACGGUUUGUGGAAGUAAUUGUGCUUCUACUGUGACUGUAUUUGCUGGUUGUUCCGAGACUUCGACUUUGCCGUGGUCUUCGACAGACACCCUUGGAACUUCGUCUACGGCUCCUUUUGGAUCUUCAUCUUUCUCUACGUCUUAUGCUACUAUUUCGACGACUACUGUCGAUACGACUUUAACUAGAACGUCAAGCAUUACUGCUACUUUUACCCAGUCGGGGAAUGUCUCUCAUAGCUCUGUUAUCCCGACAUACUCUUCGGUCUUCUCUAAUACUACUAUUGCAUCUGUUACAAGCUCAACAGCAAAUACUGUAUCCGAGACGCCAAGUAGCACAUGCACCGACGAGUCUUCAACUGACCUAGGCCCUUCCGAUACAAGCAUAUCAGCGUCCAUUCCUGCAGCCAGCACAUCAUACUCUGUGACAAAUAGUCACAAUGUAUCUACAUCCAAGACAACAGUCAUAUUGCCAACUGAAACCCACUUGACCAGUUCAGUCGUAUUUACUAGUUAUUCGUCAGAAGUAAGUACAUCGUCAGGAGCAUUACUGAAUACGACAUAUCCAGCCAGUUCUGGGCCAUCUUCCACGGAAUCUACAACUACCUCUACGGUCAUCGUCCCACUACCUUGGACCAUAACAGAAUCCUCCGCCCCCGGAACUUCUAGCACGGCCCCGUAUAGCACGACUAGUGCCAGUUAUUCUAGCGCAAGUCUGAUCUCUUCUGGCAUAUCAUCCUCAGUUGCCAGUUCAAAUUACAGCACAGGCUCCUGGACUUGGUCUCACCGCUAUACAACCUCUUCCCAUCCGUCCCUGAGUACACAGACUGGUAGUCUUCCCGUCACAACACAAACGUCUAGUUCUCCAUCUACGACUGGCUCGGUGUUCCCAACAUCUUCCACAUCGGGAUUCAUAGGUAACGGAACGACCAGCUCUACAUAUAUCUCAUCGUCUGGCACUAUUGGGACGGAGACAAUAUCCUAUUAUACACCUGGGAAUUCGUUCUCGUGGGGAUCAACCGUUAUAGUGGGCUCUUUGACUAAUUCCGAGACUUUUCCUACUAUAUUCCCAAGUGUCUCUAGUAUCUCCUCCAGUCCUGUCACAGGUACCUCGUCAACCGCUGCGGUGACAAACUCUUCCCCGGCUUCAUCGGGUUCAUUUAGCAGCGCGUCUUAUUCGACGUCUAGCGCAAGAAGCAGCUCCAACAUCGAGGGUACGACCACGUCUAGCAAUGCUCAAUUAUCAAGUGAGACUACCUUCACCGAGACAGCUCUAAGUCCAAGUUCAAGCGUUGCCGAAUCUACUACUUGCAUUCAGGAACAAACCUACGGAGGCGGCUACACUUAUAUUUGCUACACCAUCUCUGCAGCAUCGCCUACUCCAACUGAGAGCACGGGCGACACUAGCGCAGUCACAGGUUCAAUUACUACUCCUGGCUCUUCAGGAAAUGUAUAUCCUUCUAGUUCCUCAGGCGAGUUUUUCAACACGUCAAGCCAGCCAGCGCCUGUACCUCUAAGUUCUAUCUCCAUUUCCAUUUCCACUACCGAAAGCACGGACGCCGCGACAGCCACCGCGUCUUCGGGGGGCAGUCUGGAGACUUUCCCCACCAUCUCCUCGGUCCCCGGCUACCCGACGCUCCCCAGCAGCACAACUGAUACGGUGCUCGUGACGCCCCUUCCCCCUUCUCCCAGCUCAACGUACUCUACCACCGGCAGCACAGACGCCGCGACCGGGACCGGGACCUCGACCUCGUCUCUCCCGCUGAGCACAUGCAUAUCCGGCGGGUACGGCGGCGGCGAGAUCUGCUUCCCGCUCGGGACGAUGGAGCCCGGGGUCACGAUCGGCAGCGGCGGGACGUCUUCCGCCGACGCGGUGACGGGACCGUCGUCAGUUCCCACGACGCUUGUCACGCAGCCCCAGUCUACUACUUCGACGGCCGUUGGAGCGUACCCGACUCCCUCCACACCUGGAAAAUAUGAAAGCGACGAGACUGCUAUUGACGAGAGUAAGGAAAACGAACAGAAUGAGGAUGAGGAGGAUGAGGAGGAUGAGGAGGAUGCUUGGACCUGGUGGGGCGGUCGCAAGACCCGCGCUGGAGAGGGCAGAAGCGUCGAUCGCUUGCGCCGCGGAUGGCGCAUGGUCUAAACCUACCUCCUGCCUACCUACCACCUCCUAGCUAUGGUAAUUUGAUUGCUAUCCCAUAGCUACGUUAUCCCUAAGGGGGGAGAAAAGGAUAAGGGAGAGCGUAGCGUCGUAUAAAAAAAGGGAGAGAGAAAACAUCGCAUGCAUAGGUACUUUACUUCUCGUCGCUCAUUUGUUUUUUUCCCUUCUUGGAUCAUGGUUACAAC